CGGAGGGUGUGGGCCGGAGGGCCCGGGCGCUCGCAGGCCAGUCGCGGCUUGUCAGAACGGUCGCCGCCGGAGCGGGGCGAGGCUGCGGCGCCCGGUGGCUGCGUUCGGCGGCGCGAGCGAGGAUGAGCGCGCAGAGGACGCAGGGCCACGGGCAGCGCAGGUAACGGAGCCGGGGUUGCGGCGGCCGCGGCUGGGUUUCUUCCGGGACCCCGGGGGAGGGGGUGUUGCUGAAUGGAGAGGACCGAGGCGACGCUGAGCCCCGGCUCGUAACGGCGGGGCCGGCUGCUUGAGCUGCAACUGCCGGAGAAGGAUGUGCCGAGCCCGGGCGGCGCGAGGCGGCUGAGCCUUGGGGCCCCCAGGACGCCGGGGCCGGGGAUGAGUUAGCGAGGGCCGCCGCCGGGGCCAGUUCCGAGGGCUACAGGCCAAGGCGACGGCGCCGCCCGCCCGCCCCUUCCGUGCAGAGGCCGCCGCCAGCUCCUUUCCGCGCCCGCGCUCCCGGCCCUGGAGACCAUGAGGUUCCGCAUCUACAAACGGAAGGUGCUGAUCCUGACGCUCGUGGUGGCCGCCUGCGGCUUCGUCCUCUGGAGCAGCAAUGGGCGACAAAGGAAGAGCGACGCCCUCGCCCCGCCGCUGCUGGACGCGGAGCCCCCGCGGGGUGCGGGCCACCUCGCCGCCGCCGUGUCCGUAGGCAUCCGCAGGGUCUCCAACGAGUCGGCGGCUCCCCUGGUCCCCGCCGCCCCGUGGCCGGAGGUGGACAACCUGACGCUGCGGUACCGGUCCCUGGUGUACCAGCUGAACUUUGAUCAGAUGCUGAGGAAUGUCGAUAAUGACGGCACCUGGAGCCCCGGGGAGCUGGUGCUGGUUGUCCAGGUGCACAACCGGCCCGAAUACCUCAGGCUACUGCUAGACUCGCUCCGAAAAGCCCAGGGCAUUAAUGAAGUCCUAGUCAUCUUUAGCCACGACUUCUGGUCGGCAGAGAUCAACCAGAUGAUAGCUAAGGUGGAUUUCUGCCCGGUUCUGCAAGUGUUCUUUCCAUUCAGCAUUCAGCUGUACCCGAGUGAGUUUCCGGGGACUGACCCCAGAGAUUGCCCCCGAGACCUGAAGAAGAAUACAGCUCUGAAGUUGGGGUGCAUCAAUGCCGAGUACCCCGACUCCUUCGGCCACUACAGAGAGGCCAAAUUCUCGCAAACCAAACAUCAUUGGUGGUGGAAGCUGCAUUUUGUGUGGGAGAGAGUCAAAGUUCUUCAGGAUUACACUGGCCUUAUACUUUUCCUGGAAGAGGACCAUUACUUAGCCCCAGACUUUUACCAUGUCUACAAAAAGAUGUGGAAGUUGAAGCAGCAGGAGUGUCCUGGGUGUGAUGUCCUCUCCCUAGGGACCUACACGGCCAGACGGAGUUUCUAUGGUAUUGCUGACAAGGUGGAUGUGAAAACUUGGAAAUCCACAGAGCACAAUAUGGGGUUAGCCUUGACCCGAGAUGCAUAUCAGAAGCUGAUCGAAUGCACAGACACUUUCUGUACUUACGAUGAUUACAACUGGGACUGGACUCUUCAGUACUUGACUGUAUCUUGUCUUCCUAAAUUCUGGAAAGUCUUAGUUCCUCAAGCUCCUAGGAUUUUUCAUGCUGGAGACUGUGGUAUGCAUCACAAGAAAACGUGUAGGCCGUCCACCCAGAGUGCCCAGCUUGAGUCGUUGUUAAAUAAUAACAAACAGUACAUGUUUCCAGAAACUCUAGUUAUCAGUGACAAGUUUUCUAUGGCAGCCAUUUCCCCACCUAGGAAAAACGGAGGAUGGGGAGAUAUUAGGGACCACGAACUCUGUAAAAGUUACAGAAGACUGCAGUGAGAAACUCAUCACAACUGCAGAAGUGGCAGUCUUCUGUUUUUAUAUUUCUCUCAAUGGAAUAUACAGUUGACUAAAGGGUAUAGGAACUGGUUUUUGCUUUAAUACAUAAACAGAUUUCUUGUAAAAGGUGUCCAAAUAUAUAGUAAUCCUUUUCAGUUAUGUCUGAUUAAAAUUUCAAACUGAAAUUUUCAUUUUGGAACUUGGGUUUUAAAAUUCAGUCUGUAUCUGCUUAGUAACAAUUCGAUUAUUAUUGAUUAAAAAAAAAUUUAUUUAAAUCGCAUCUGUUAACCUUUUUAUCUAAAACUUUGUAUACUUUUUCCACUUUCCAAACUUAUUUUAAGUACAGCAAGAUUUAUUCAAGAUGUCACAGCAGUAAAAAGUAUUACAAUGAAACUACUAGAGUAUUACUGGAACAAACCCAGUUUUACUGUUGACAGUUAUUAGGAAGGAAUUGUCUGACUGUUAAUAACUCAGAAGUUCGUCUGUUAAACAACCCGUCCGAAGAGUCAUUUCAGUAUUCCUGAUUCCUGUGCUGUUGUGUUAAGAUUUGCCUGUGCUUUCAGCCUUCAUAUUACAUGAUUUCUGUUGGAAUGUAUUCGGUUAAUAAGAAAGUUUAAGCACUGUUUUCACCUCAAUGUAGAAAUACAGUGUUUUUUUUUUUUCUUUUUAGUGCUGCCAAAAUAAAAUACUCAUUUUUUGCAUAAAAA